AUGGCGGUCUAUUCUUUUUAUGAUGCUUCAGAUUUAAGGUGAAGAAAAAUUGUUGAAAAAGAAAGAGAUAGAAAAUCAAGGUACCCAUGAGUAAUAGAAAAUAAAGCCAAUCGAAGUUUUUCAAGAAUGGAAACAAGGGCCUGCACCCCUUCAGAGUUUCCGAGUUUUGUUAGUUAUAGCACUGGAGUUGAUAUCAGUGUGUAUAGUAGGCAUUCUUUAUCACAGGAUGAUAAAUCUACGAUAACUGAUGCUUUGAAAUUCAGUGACUCGAGCACUCAGACAAUAGAAUUUGAUAUGCCAAGCCCAAAAUUUAAUAUUCUCUAUUAAAUUGACAAUAAAAUAUUAGUGACUGCUAAGUAUUUAGCUUUAUUUUUAUAUAAAAGAAUAGCUUUGCAAGCUCAUUGCUUAAAAAUUCAGAAAGAAAAAUUAAUAAUUCCGGCUCAAAUAAUUCAUAUUGAUUGGCCAGCUCAAGCCCAAUUGGCAGAAAGAAUGCUAUUCGAGAAACUGAUAGAGGAUUACAACAAAGCUUAGCGUCUUAUGGAAUCUCUGGGCCCAGCGGACCAUUUAAAGAAUCGCUUUACUCUUUAAAAGAAAAAUCAAAUAUUAUACCAUAUAAAAUAAAUUUUAAUGUUUUUAUAUAAAACCUUUAUAUUAAUUUAUAAUUAUAAUCCUCACUAUCAAAAUCUAAAUUUCAUAGCGAAUAAGCCCAAAUUCUUAAAUUAAUAAUUUCUAUUUACCUUAACACCUCAUAAAUUCUACAGAAUAAUCUCAAUUCACCCACAAAAGCAUAGUUAA